AUGGGCCCCUGUACCGCCUCCUCAUGCUGCUGCCAGGCCCGUAAUCUGCCAUGGGCCCCCAUACCAACUCCUCAUGCUGCUGCCAGGCCGUAAUCUGUCAUGGGCCCCUGUACCGCCUCCUCAUGCUGCUGCCAGGUCCAGAGUGUGUCAUGGGUCCCUGUACGGCCUCCCAUUGCUGCUGUCUCCAUCGCCACACUCUGCCAUGUGCCACUUUCAGGUCUCCUCACACUGCUGGUGGUUUCCAUUUUUGUCAUAGGGUGCUGUAUGGCCUCCCAUUGCUGCUGCCUCCACCGCCACACUGUGGCUCCACACUCUGGUUUUGGCCCCGUGACUGCCCAAAUGAGUGAAGUGUGCGGUGAUUCUAAGAUCGACGGCACUCAUCUGCAUGUCAUACUGACUGUCAGUAUUAUUUCUCUUCCCCAGCAGACUCCAAGGGCAUUUAAAUUAAAGGUACAGUGUUCUGCACUAAUAUAA